ACGCAGUUACAUAUAUACACUGCACACAUAUGUACACACAUACAUAGUUGUAAUUAUUAUUAGCCAUUUUACGACGAAAACAAACUCUUAAAUAAUAGAACAAUACAUUUUCAAAUUUAAUUGAAUGCCAAACAUAUUUUAUACACGAUAAGCAAUAUCUGAAAAAGGUACUUACUAAAAACGCGGAAGCAAAUUAAUUAUUAAAACAGAAACGAAAAUCAAGGAAAACAAAGUGCCAAAACAAUCAUCGUCCAACGUUUUUAAAUGCUUUGAGUAACCUCCAAAAAAUAACUACAAAAAACACAACAACAAAAACAACAAAUAACUAAAGAGAGAGAUAAAAAGAGAGAGAGAGUGAGGGAGAGAAUUGCAAGUGCAAAAUGGGCAACGCGGGCAGUUCGACUGUGCAUAUGCAUCGUGAGCGCCAUAAGUCAGCGGACCUCUCAACGCCAAGUUCUCCCGCACAUUUUCGCGACUCAGUGUCAAGUGUUGGCGCUGGAGCAGGUGGCACGGCUGCAGCAGCUUCGGGCGGUGUGGGAACAGGCGGCGGGAGCAGUGGCAGCGGCGGUGGCGGCGGCGGACAAGCUUUCUCAUUCGAUAAAAAACAUACAGCAGUCUUAACUGAGGGUUCGUCGCAAGAAGACGACGACGAGUAUUUUACGAGAGCGGGCGCCAAGCGCACAGCUGAUAACGAAACAACAACAGCAGCAGCAGUAGCAGCAACAACAUCAGCUGACCGAGAACAAACAAUGGAUGAAAAUAACGAUGGGGAGCUGGAAAAGGCAAUUGGAGCGCUGCAGUUGACCGAUGAGGAGUUCGAAGUAAAGAAAACUGCACUGCCCACUGUGCUGCGCUGGGAUUACGGUGGCAAAAAUGUGACCAUAUCAGGCACAUUCUCCAAAUGGAAGCCCAUCCCGAUGGUGCGCAGCCAUGGCAAUUUUGUGACCAUCAUCGAUUUGGCCGAAGGCGACCAUCAGUACAAAUUCUGUGUGGAUGGGGAGUGGAAGCACGAUCCCAAGCUGAAAAGCGUCGAGAACGAUGAGGGCGAUAAGAACAAUUUGGUAUCGGUGCGCGCCUCAGAUUUUGAAGUAUUCCAAGCACUGGCCAAAGACAGCGAGAAUGUGCCCAACUAUGCCGAAAAGGAGUACUCACAGGAGGUGCCGCAGGUGAAGCCAUGGGAGAAGGUUUCCGGACCGCCCGUGCUGCCGCCGCAUCUGCUGCAGGUUAUACUCAACAAGGAUACACCAUUAUCGUGCGAGCCAACAUUGCUGCCAGAGCCGAACCAUGUCAUGUUGAAUCACCUGUAUGCGCUGUCCAUCAAAGAUGGGGUCAUGGUGCUCAGUGCCACGCAUCGGUAUUGCAAGAAAUAUGUCACAACGUUGCUCUACAAACCCAUUUAGGCCAGGCCCCAAAUACUACAAAUAUUUUUCUAUAUUUACAUAAUACGUACGUGUUUAGCUGUAAGCGGAUUUCAAGUGCUCGUUAUAUUCGAUUUAUAUACUAUACGCUGAAAAGCCAAGUACAUGCGCAUAUUCAUUUU